CCUCUGUGGCAAUUUGCAUCCAUCCUCUCCUGGUCAUUCGAGAGGAAAACACAUCCGCGGAUCAAGUUUGUGGUUUUUCACGGAGCAGGAUUCAUUCAUCAGCAAAAAGUUUUACAACUUUUCUGUUAUUUAUAUAUGUAUAUAUAACUUUGAGGAUUUCACUUUCUUUUGAGUGUUGUAGUUUUUUUUUAUUUUUUAACUUGGACACAAAAUACUAAAUGGAAGUUUUAAUAAACAUUUAGAUCUCAAGACAAGUUAAAGGAAAACUUUAAACUUUUUUACAGUUUCAAGUGAAAAUCAUACAGAAAUGACCAGCCCUUCUAGGAGCAUAGACGAUCAGAGAGGAACCGCAGACAGUCCGGCUCACAAAACGGAGACCCCCCGGUACCGCAGCUGGAGCAGCCUGCGCUUCUCCAGAUGGAGGAGCAGCUCCCAGAGGACGACUCCUCCGAGCAGCCCCUCUCCAAAGACCGAGAAGAGAAGCGACAUUUCCCGGACUCUCUUCACUCUGGUCAAGACCCACAAUGACGACUACACGGCAGACCCGGACGGCACCCUGGACAUGGGCGCAGAGGCCGAAGUCGGCCUGGAGGACCUGCUGCAGGAUCAGUCCACGUACUUCCAGAAGCAGUUCGGCUCCAUGCUGCAGCCCGGCGUCAACAAGUUCUCACUGCGCAUGUUCGGCAGCCACAAGGGGGUCGCGGCAGAGCAGGAAAGGGUCAAGAGCUUUGGGGUGUGGAUCAUCCACCCCUACAGUGAUUUCAGGUUUUAUUGGGAUAUUGUGAUGCUUCUUCUGAUGAUGGGUAAUCUGGUCAUCCUGCCCUGGGGAAUCACCUUCUUUGAAGACCAAAACACCCUGCCCUGGAUUAUCUUCAAUUUCCUCUCUGACACCCUCUUCCUCAUGGAUCUGGUCUUCAACUUUCGUACCGGUAUCCCGGGAGAGGACAGUCACAUUAUUCUGGACCCCAAAGAGAUCCGCAUGCACUACCUCCGCACCUGGUUCCUGGUAGACUUUGUUUCCUCCAUCCCUGUUGAUUACAUUUUUCUAAUCGUUGACCUGGAGUCCCGCCAUGAGUCGUCUGAUGUGUACAGGACGGCCCGUGCUCUGAGGAUUGUGCGUUUCACCAAGAUCCUCAGCCUGCUGCGUCUUCUCCGACUCUCACGUCUCAUCCGAUACAUCCAUCAGUGGGAAGAGAUUUUUCACAUGACUUAUGACUUGGCCAGUGCUGUGGUGCGUAUAGUCAACUUGAUUGGUAUGAUGCUGCUGCUGUGCCACUGGGAUGGCUGUCUGACCUUCAUGGUUCCUAUGCUGCAAGACUUUCCUCCGGACUGUUGGGUAUCUAAAAACAACAUGGUGAACGCCACCUGGCAUAUACAAUACUCCUACGCCCUGUUCAUGGCCAUGAGUCACAUGUUAUGUAUAGGAUAUGGCGCUCAUCCUCCAGAGGGCAUGACCGAUGUUUGGCUCACCAUGAUCAGCAUGGUUGUUGGGGCCACCUGCUAUGCCAUGUUCCUGGGUCAUGCAACUAACCUGGUCCAAUCUUUGGAUGCAUCCCAUCGCCAGUAUCAGGAGAAGUACAAGCAAGUGGAGCAGUAUAUGUCGUUUCAUAAACUGCCAGCCGAUGUGCGGCAGAGGAUUCAUGAUUACUAUGAGCACCGAUUCCAAGGCAAGAUGUUUGAUGAAGACAGCAUAUUGGGAGAACUCAGCGACCCACUGAAGGAGGAGAUUGUCAGCUAUAACUGCCGUGGACUUGUCGCCAACAUGCCGCUCUUUGCCAACACCGACCCUCACUUUGUCACCGUGAUCCUGACCAAGCUGCGCUUUGAAGUUUUCCAGCCGGGAGACUAUGUAAUACGAGAGGGAACGCUGGGUCGGAAAAUGUAUUUCAUCCAGCAUGGCACCGUCACGAUUAUCCCGCGUGGCAGUAAGGAGUUAGUGCUCAGUGAUGGAGCCUACUUUGGAGAGAUCUGCCUACUAACUCAGGGCCGACGGACGGCCAGCGUGAGGGCCGACACCUACUGUCGCCUUUAUUCGCUGAGCGUGGACGACUUCAACGAAGUCCUGGAGGAGCAUCCUCUGAUGAGGCGGGCGUUKGAGAGCGUGGCUGUGGAGCGACUGGAUCGAGUUUCACGCAGAUCCAGUUAUCAACCUCCAACGACUGAGUCUGAGUGAAGGAAGAAGAGAAAGAGACUCCAGCCAGACAUACAAAGACCUUUCUAACAGAUCUCAAGAAAAUAAAAAAUACAGAUGUUGUUAAAUGCUGCAUCACUUGAUUGAAACUAUUGCACAAUCAUUAAUUACAAAUUGUCACUUGAAUAUUAAAACUCACCAUAAUGUUUACUUGGAUUGUAUUGAUGUUCACAAACUGAAUAAACCUUUGUCAGCGCUUU